GGCGCGGUGCAGUUCGUGCUUCUGCCCUCCCACCCUUAAAAAACACCAAAAAAUUUUCCUUUUCCUCUCCGUCGUCUAGCCGUCCGGUAGUUCCCCGUCUCCGGUCGCCGACGAUUCUAUCCCUCCUAUAUCCUAUCCCCCGUCCCCUCUCCUCUUUUUUUUUAUCCCUCAGAUUAUACCCUAGAAUUUUGCCCUCUAUUACCUUUCCGGUUUUCGUUUUUAGGAUCGCAUUCGGGAGAAAGAGUGGCGCCGUGGUAGCCACAGUGUUUCCGAUUCUUAUAUAAUCGCAACGAGGAGAGUGGGGAACGGAGAAAAAAAUUAAAAAAAAUUUGGUUCUAGGAAAGGAAGAAGAAGAAGAAAGGAGUGGGAUUUGCAGAAGGGUUUGUAAGUUCUGAGAUGGCGCAGAUUCAGGUGCAGCGACAGCAGGCGGCGGCGACGGGAGCGGCUGCUCCUCCGUCUCCUCAGUCGAUGCCUACUCAGAACGGAGUGGCUGGUGGUGCGGUGGCGACUGGGCCGAUCCCUUUCGGUUCCACCUCGCUGUACGUGGGGGAUCUUGAUCCCAACGUUUCUGAGGCGCAGCUCGCCGAUCUGUUUGGUCAAGUCGGCCAGCUGGUGUCCAUUCGUGUCUGCAGGGACCAGAAUACCCGGCGGUCUCUUGGCUAUGCUUAUAUUAACUUUACCAAUGGCCAGGAAGCUGCAAGGGCAUUGGACUUGCUGAACUUCACUCCACUCAACAACAAGUCUAUCAGGAUCAUGUAUUCACACAGGGAUCCGAGUCUUCGUAAGAGUGGUGCUGGAAAUAUCUACAUCAAGAACCUUGACAAGGCCAUUGAUCACAAAGCUUUACAUGAAACUUUCUCUGCCUUUGGCAACAUUCUGUCAUGCAAAGUGGCUACUGAUGCUUCUGGACAGUCCAAGGGUUAUGGUUUUGUUCAGUAUGACACUGAGGAAGCUGCUAAGAAUGCUAUCGACAAGUUGGAUGGUAUGCUGAUGAACGAUAAGCAAGUUUAUGUCGGACCCUUUGUCCGUAAGCAGGAGAGAGAUAGUUCUAUGAGUAAUACAAGAUUCAAUAAUGUAUUUGUGAAAAAUCUUUCCGAAUCAACUGCGGAUGAGGACUUGAAGAAGGUCUUUGGAGAGUAUGGUGCAAUUACUAGUGCUGUGGUGAUGCGUGAUGGAGAUGGGAAGUCUAGGUGUUUUGGGUUUGUUAAUUUUGAAAAUGCAGAUGAUGCAGCUAAAGCUGUUGAGGCUCUUAAUGGAAAAAAAUUUGAUGACAAAGAAUGGUUUGUUGGAAAGGCUCAGAAGAAAUCUGAAAGAGAGCAAGAACUGAAAGGACGAUUUGAGCAAAGUAUGAAGGAAGCUGUAGAUAAGUACCAAGGACUUAAUCUCUACAUCAAGAAUUUGGAUGACAGCAUAUCUGAUGAAAAGCUCAAGGAGUUGUUUUCUGAAUUUGGUACAGUGACAUCAUGCAAGGUUGUGCGUGAUCCAAGUGGAAUUAGCAAAGGUUCAGGGUUUGUUGCAUUCGCUACACCUGAAGAGGCCUCACGAGCUAUUAAUGAGAUGAAUGGAAAGAUUAUUGUUAGCAAACCUUUGUAUGUUGCACAUGCUCAACGCAAGGAGGAUCGUCGAGCAAGGCUUCAGGCUCAGUUUUCCCAAAUGAGGCCAGUUCCAAUGCCUCCUGCAGUUGGCCCUCGUAUGCCUAUGUUUCCUCCUGGUGCCCCUGGGCUUGGGCAGCAGUUCAUGUAUGGGCAAGGUCCUCCAGCCAUGAUUCCUACUCAGGGUGGGUUUGGCUACCAGCAACAACUUGUGCCAGGGAUGAGGCCGGGCGGUGGUCCCAUGCCAAACUACUUCGUUGUCCAGGGUCAGCAAGGUCAACGCCCUGGUGGCCGUCGUGGAGGUCCAGUGCAGCAAUCGCAACAGCCGGUUCCCAUGAUGCCCCAGCAGAUGAUGCCUAGGGGUGGACGUGGCUACCGUUACCCUCCUGGUCGCAACAUGUCUGAAGUUCCCAUGCAAGGUGGAGGCAUGAUCUCUGUUCCUUACGACAUGGGCGGCAUGGGUAUGCGUGAGGCUGCAGCUGGGGGGCAACCUAUGCCCAUCACGGCUCUUGCAUCAGCCCUUGCCAAUUCAACUCCUGAACAACAGCGAACUCUGCUGGGUGAAAGUCUGUAUCCACUGGUGGAGCAGCUGGAGCAUGACUCGGCUGCCAAGGUCACCGGGAUGCUUCUGGAGAUGGAUCAGACCGAGGUCCUGCACUUGCUCGAGUCGCCGGAGGCCCUGAAGGCUAAAGUAGCAGAGGCAAUGGACGUGCUGAGGAACGUGUCUGCUGCCGCUCAUCCUCAAGCAAACAACGCGGCUGAUCAGCUCUCUUCGCUGAACCUGAAUGAUGGGAUUGUGCCCUAGAGUAGUCGCAAGCUGAGUACACCUUCGUGAAUGGAUGAAUAAUGAGUGCAAGGAGUGUUGCACCACCGUUGAGACACUUUUUAUUUGGCGUUUUCGUUUGUUGGCAAAGAGGGUUCGUUCUCUUUUCGACAUUUCGGAACUCUGUUGGGUCUUUCCUGUGCGGUGCUUUGAGUUGGUUUCCAAACUCGUUUUGUUCAGUCAUGUUUUAGGAUGCAAUACUUUUUUCUAUUUUCAAGUUGGUGUUCUUCUGAAUUUGGUUGGUCUGCGGAAUUUUGGGUUUGAACUUCCCGUAAACUACCAUUGGUUUGUUAUCUCUAGCGUUUUAUUUCCGGUUUAGCUUGUCUCGUUGAUCAAGCGGCGUCCCACUGCUUUCGUUGCUUCUCCAACCUAGAGGUAGCGAAACUCGAAAACUUUGCAUUAACAAUGAUCUUCAGAUGAUCCCUAUUGCAUCCUUUCCUACCUUGUGCCUUUUCUUACUGCCUAGAAAUGCUUAUUUCUCUGCUCCCGUUCAUACAAUCUAGAGCUGAGCACGGGUUGGUUGGGUGGUUGAAUCCACUGAAUCCGCAAACUAAAAUGCAAACUCGAUCAAUAUUAUGUAGAUGGUUUUUUGGGUGAGUGUUGGUUGUAAAAUAUGACUGACUAGAAAUUGAGUGGAUGCAAGUGUAAUGUGGUUGACUCAUGGCUCAUUCAUUCUUUUAUCUUCAAACCAGCCAAACUUUUAAGUUUGUCUAUUUAACCAAAAGAUGAACUCCAAGUUUCGAUAAAAAGAUCCCACAAUAUCUUUACUGUUACGGUUGUUUCAAUAACUGAAAAUUAUAUAUACAUUGCCUUGUGUAAUUCCUCUCCAUCUCAAUUCGAGCUCCAAAAAACCUAAUUUUAUGCUUUUGCCAAAGGGAAACCAAUUGCCCAUGCUUUGAAUAUGUUUACUAGUUUGAGUAUAUUUUUGGUGAUUUAUAAACAAUUUCAAGUAGUGGUUUUGUGAAUUGAAUGACACAUCUCAUUUAUAGAUUAAAGGUUGUUUAGCUUU